AUGUACCAUGCACCCACGCCUCCUUCAUACUGGUCUAUCGAUGUGGAAGAGCGGAACCCUGAAGAGAAUAGGUAUCCUGGACUCAUGGUUCUGCACGCGCUAUCCAUGUGUGCUGCGUUCUUCGGUGCGCUUCCAGCGGGUAUCGCUCUACGGUCCGUAAAUCACGCAUGGCAUGGUUUUUCCAUGAUUCUCUUCUGGGUGUUUAUCGUCCUUGGUUGUUCCGCGAGCGGUCUUUACAAAAAACUGACCCCUAAUAUGUAUGAGGGCCAGCAGCACUCCUCGCAGAGUUACGUGGUCAUAUUCCUGGCACUGAUCGUUUCCGCCAUCGACCUGAUCUCGGGUAUGUCCCGGUUGAUCAACUACGUGAAGGGUGUCCGUAGUGGAGACAAGUUCUCGGUCUUGUCGUUCUGGAGGACCGUCAUCCUUGGCCAGGACGAAACUCGCGUGGGGCUGGAUACUGAGUACACAAACUUGGUUGUGGACGAGCCUGAGGACAUGGAGGACCUCAAGCUGCGUGUGGACGAAGGCGCUGGCUCACAUCACGUCACCCACGCCCUCGAAGACCAUAAUGAGACGGCACAAUGGGCAAAUGACGUGCACCGCCACCGCGACUUUCCGGAGACGCCUGUGUCUGAGCGCACUCUGUUUGGACCCCGAUCUCAUCGCGGCUCGCAACAUUCCGAUGAUAAUUUCCAGGAAUAUGCUUUGAAUACUGUCAAGGUCCCAUUGGUUCGUAGAGUUGGCAGGAUCGCAUUUGCUACCUUGGAGCGUUCUCUCGUCUUCGCCGGAUUUGGCCAACUUUUGUUUGGUAUCGUGGUCUAUACAGGCGGAUGUCGCGAGAAUUACAUCAACGGGUGCCUCGCGCACUUGAUCAAGGGUGGCAUUUUCUGGUGCUAUGGGCUUGUUACUUUCGCACGCUUCCUCGGAUCUUUCUCUGAGCUGGGAUGGGCGUGGAACCGGGCGCCAGUGGGUGAGCAUACCUCCGCCGAGUUUGUCGAGUCUUUCGUCAUCUUCCUUUAUGGAAUCACCAACACCUGGAUGGAGCGGUUCGGUGCCAACCGUGGCGAUCCGUUCACUACCAAGCAGGUCCAACACAUCAGCAUUGCCGUGAUGUUCUGGUUUGCUGGGCUCGUUGGUAUGGGCCUGGAGUCUCGCCGUCUCCGCCGUUGGCUUGCUUCCAUUUCCACUGCCGCUGUGAAGACCGCACACGAGACACGCGAAGCUGUGGCCGAGCCUGCUAGCUACACUGGAAGUUUCAAUCCGUUCCCUGCGCUCGUCAUAGGCGUGACCGGAGCAGCCAUGAGCGCCCACUUUCAGACUUACUUGUUCCAGGUGCAAAUUCAUGCGCUUUGGGGCUACCUUCUAAGUGCCUUCGCGGUUCUGCGGUGCUUGACGUACUUCUUCCUUUGGCUUGGUCCGCCGCGGUCCAUCUUGCCUUCCCGCCCGCCCACCGAGGCAUUGGCCAGCUUCUUCCUUACCUGCGGAGGCCUCGUUUUCAUGUUCAGCGACGAGGAAGUCACCAUUGCUGCCAUGCGUAAGGGUAGUGACGAUGUAAUGAUGUUCCUCAACCUGUCGGUGGCCCUCACCUGCCUCGCGUUCUGCUGGACCCUGUUGGUGGUUGCGUUCAAGGGCUGGCUCAAGUCUCGCACCCACUCUGGCGUUGCGUUCCAUCCUUCGCACUAG